AUGCGCUCCCUCACGCGCACUCUCUCGCACAUUCUCUCUCUCUCUCAUGCGCUCUCUCGCGCGCUCUCUUGCGCGCUCUCUCACUCGCUCUCUCGCUCGCACUCUCACUCGCCCUCUCACGCGCUCUCUCACUCGCACUCUCGCACUCUCUCACAUGCUCUCUCACGCAAUCUCUCAUGGGCUCUCACGCAUUCCGUCGCACUCCCUCUCGCGCAUUCUCUCUCACGCGCGCUCUCUCACGCGCUCUUUCAUGCAAUCUAUUACGCGGUCCUUCACGCGCUCUCUCACGCACUCUCUCACGCACUCUCUCACGCGCUCUCUGACACGCGCUGUCUCACGUGCUCUCUCACGUACUCUCUCACGCACUCUCUCACGCACUCUCUCACGCGCUCUCUCAUGGGCUCUCACGCACUCCCUCACGUGCUCUCUCUCGCGCACUCUCUUGCGCAUUCCCUCGGUCACGCGCUCUUUCUCGCGCACUCCCACGCGCCUCUUACGCGCACUCCCACGCGCUCUCUUACGCGCUCCCUCACGCGCUCUCUCACGCGCUCUCUCACGCGCUCUCUCACGCGCACUCUCACGCGCACUCGCUCUCUCACGCGCUCCCUCACGCGCUCUCUCACACACUCUCUCACGCGCUCCCUCACGCGCUCUCUCACACACUCUCUCACGCGCUCCCUCACGCGCUCUCUCACGCGCACUCUCACGCGCUCUCUCACGCGCUUGCGCUCUCUCACUCGCACUCUCACGCGCACUCUCACGCACACUCUCACGCGCACUUUCACACGCACUCUCACGCGCUCUCACACGCUCCCUCACGCGCUCUCUCACGCACUCUCUCACGCUCUAUCUCACACACUCUCUCACGCGCUCUCUCACGUGCUCCCUCACGCACUCUCUCACGCGCUCUCGCAUGCGCACUCUCACGCGCUCUCUCACAUGCUCUCUCACGCAAUCUCUCAUGCGCUCUCUCACGGGCUCUCACGCAUUCCGUCGCACUCCCUCUCGCACACUCUCUUGCGCAUUCUCUCUCUCAUGCGCUCUCUCAUGCACACUCUCUCGCACACUCUCACGCGCUCUCUCACCGCUCUCUCACGUGCUCCCUCACGCACUCUCUCACGCGCUCUCGCAUGCGCACUCUCACGCGCUCUCUCACAUGCUCUCUCACGCAAUCUCUCAUGCGCUCUCUCACGGGCUCUCACGCAUUCCGUCGCACUCCCUCUCGCACACUCUCUUGCGCAUUCUCUCUCUCACGCGCUCUCUCAUGCACACUCUCUCGCACACUCUCACGCGCUCUCUCACGCGCUCUCUCACGCACUCUCUUGCGCACUCUCUCACGCGCUCUCUGACACGUGCUCUCUCACGCGCUCUCUCACGCGCUCUCUCACGCGCUCUCUCACGCGCACUCUCACGCGCACUCGCUCUCUCACACGCUCCCUCACGCGCUCUCUCACGCACUCUCUCACGCGCUCCCUCACGCGCUCUCUCACGCGCACUCUCACGCGCUCUCUCAUGCGCUCGCGCUCUCUCAUGCACUCGCGCUCUCUCACUCGCACUCUCACGCGCACUCUCACGCGCACUUUCACACGCACUCUCACGCGCUCUCACACGCUCCCUCACGCGCUCUCUCACGCACUCUCUCACGCUCUAUCUCACACACUCUCUCACGCGCUCUCUCACGUGCUCCCUCACGCACUCUCUCACGCGCUCUCGCAUGCGCACUCUCACGCGCUCUCUCACAUGCUCUCUCACGCAAUCUCUCAUGCGCUCUCUCACGGGCUCUCACGCAUUCCGUCGCACUCCCUCUCGCACACUCUUUUGCGCAUUCUCUCUCUCACGCGCUCUCUCAUGCACACUCUCUCGCACACUCUCACGCGCUCUCUCACGCGCUCUUUGAUGCAAUCUCUUACGCGGUCCUUCACGCGCUCUCUCACGCGCUCUCUCACGCACUCUCUCACGCACUCUCUCACGCGCACUCGCUCUCUCACACGCUCCCUCAUGCGCUCUCUCACGCACUCUCUCACGCGCUCCCUCACGCGCUCUCUCACGCGCACUCUCACGCGCUCUCUCACAUGCUCGCGCUCUCUCAGUCGCACUCUCACGCGCACUCUCACGCACACUCUCACGCGCACUUUCACACGCACUCUCACGCGCUCUCACACGCUCCCUCACGUGCUCUCUCACGCACUCUCUCACGCUCUAUCUCACACACUCUCUCACGCGCUCACUCACAUGCUCUCUCACGCAAUCUCUCAUGCGCUCUCUCACGGGCUCUCACGCAUUCCGUCGCACUCCCUCUCGCGCACUCUCUUGCGCAUUCUCUCUCUCACGCCCUCUCUCAUGCACACUCUCUCGCACACUCUCACGCGCUCUCUCACGCGCUCUUUGAUGCAAUCUCUCACGCGGUCCUUCACGUACUCUCUCACGCACUCUCUCACGCGCUCUCUCACGCGCUCUCUCACGGGCUCUCAUGCACUCCCUCACAUGCUCUCUCUCGCGCACUCUCUUGCGCAUUCCCUCUGUCACGCGCUCUUUCUUGCGCACUCCCACGCGCUCUCUCACGCGCACUCCCACGCGCUCUCUUAUGCGCUCUCUGACGCACUCCCUCACACGCUCUCUCACGCGCUCUCUCACGCGCACUCUCACGCGCACUCUCACGCGCACUCGCACUCUCACGCGCUCCCUCACUCGCUCUCUCACGCGCUCCCUCACGCGCUCUCUCACGCGCUCCCUCACGCGCUCUCUCACGCGCACUCUCACGCGCUCUCUCACUCGCACUCUCACGCGCACUCUCACGCGCACUCUCACGCGCACUCUCACACGCACUCUCACGCGCUCUCACACGCUCCCUCACGCGCUCUCUCACGCACUCUCUCACUUGCGCCCUCACGCGCUCUCUCACGCACUCUCUCACUUGCGCCCUCACGCGCUCUCUCACGCACUCUCUCACGCGCUCUCGCACGCGCUCUUGCAUGCGCACUCUCACGCGCUCCCGUGCACACGCUCCCCCUCGCGCUCCUCUUCUUUAAAUAG